AUGGCGUCGGCCACCACCACCAGCAAGAAGAUGCGGGAGGAGGCCACCUGCUCCAUUUGCCUGCACCUGAUGGCCGAGCCCGUGGUCAUCAGCUGUGGCCACAGCUACUGCCAGGCCUGCCUUCUGCACUUCAUGGGCCCGGCCUCCUCACCACGGAGCCAGCAGGACACGGAGACCUUCUCCUGCCCCCAGUGCCGGGCUCCCUUCCAGAGAGGCAGCCUGAGGCCCAACAAGCAGCUGGGCAGCCUCAUCGCCGCCCUCCGGGAGCUGGAGCAGGAGCUGUCCUGCCAGGAGCACGGGGAGCGGCUGCACCUCUUCUGCGAGGACGAGGGCCAGCUCAUCUGCUGGCGCUGCGAGCGCGACCCGCGGCACAAGGGCCACGCCACGGCACUCGUGGAGGACGCGGGCCCCGCCUACAGGGAAAAGCUCCAGGAAGCGGUGAGGAAACUGAGGCAACUGGAAGAGGAAUGCGCCAGCCAGAAAGCGUUCACGGCGAAGCAGAUAGCUGAGUGGAAUGAGAAGAUAGAGGCUCAGAGACAGAAAAUCCAGGCGGACUUCCAGAACCUGCACAGCUUCCUGAGGGAGGAGAAGAGGUACCUUCAGAUACUGGAGAGUGAGAAAGAGCACACACUGCGGAGACUGAGGGAGCGUGAGGCCAAACUGGGGCAGCAGAGCCGGGAGCUGGAGAGCCGCAUCCUGGAGCUGGAGGAGCGAUGCCAGGGCUCCGCCCAGAAGGUGCUGCAGGACGUGAAGGGCGCCCUGAGCAGGAGCCAGGCUGUGCGGCUGGAGACCCCGGAGGCCGUCUCCUUGGAGGUUCAGACCGAGUGCGAGGUUCCCGAGGUCUACUUUGACCUGAGGAAACGGUUGAGGAGCCAUCAAGGUACGUGA